GAGCGGCCAUGGCGGCCGCCGUGGAGCGGCGCCUGGUGGAGUUCCGCGCCGCUCGCCGCGGCGUCCCUGCCGCCGCUGGGCCGCCGGGAAAGGCCUCGGCUCCAGAGGCCGCGGAGGAAGAGCGGAGCGCCACGGCGGGCCCGGGCGGCGGCGCUGUUCAGCCUCCACAGGCCCGUCCCGGCGGAGCAGCAGCGGCUCCGGUGGCUCCGGUGUGGGCGCGUCCGCUGGUACUGAAGGUGCUGCUAUGGGCAGUGCUGCUGGCGCUGUUCGCCGAGCUUGAGCUGGGGCUGCCCUACUUCCUCAUCUCCCUGCUCUAUUGGAUGUACGCCGGCACCCGCGGGCCAGCCGAGCGCCGGCGGGGCGAGCUCAGCGCCUACUCCGUCUUCAACCCCGGCUGCACUGCCAUCCCCGGGACUCUGACGGCCGAGCAGCUGGAGCGGGAGUUGCACUACCGGCCCGCCGCCGCCAGGUAGCGACCGGCCCGCCGGCGGGGGGAGCUCCGGGGCGGCCGCGCAGUCUCCGCGCGAGGGGCUGGGGCCGGAGGAAAAGGCCGGUAUUUCUAUGCAAAACGCCGCGGGCGCCUUACUCCCGGCCCAGUGUCCCCUGAGCGCGGCGCAGGGCCCAAUAAAGCCGUAGCAAAGCGUG